AUGACCUCCCUCAAGGAGAUAAUGAAAAAACGGAUUCUGAACGAUAUGCUUCAGUCCGUACAGCCUGCCAACCGCUGGAAGAUUCUGGUGGUGGACUCCAAGUCAGUGAAGCUGCUGAACAGCGCGUGCAGGAUGCACGACAUACUGGAGGAAAACGUUACUCUCGUUGAGGACAUCAACAAGAAGCGGCAAGCGUACCCGUCCAAGGAAGCCAUAUACUUCAUUUCGCCCACGGACGCUUGCAUACAACGGCUGAUCGAUGACUUUCCGGCACCGCCGACCAAUGUGAAGGAGUCCAAGAAGCAAGAACAACCACAAAGGAUGUACGCCGCGGGACAUAUCUUUUUCACGUCAGCCCUCCCAGAUCGUCUUUUCGAUCGAAUAAAGGGAUCGCCGGCCAUCUCCUCCAUCAGAAACCUGAAAGAGAUGAAUAUGGACUUUAUCCCAUACGAGAGCCAGGUCUUCACAUUCGAUAUGGCGAAGAGUGCGUUACCGCUUUACAGCCCGUUGAAGGAGGGGUCAAGACAGAACGAAAUCACCCUCAUAGCGCAGAAGCUGGCAUCAACCCUUGCAACCCUAGGAGACUACCCCUACAUCCGCUACUACGCCUCCCCCACCUCCAGCAUCCCCACAAUCCCGCUUUACCUUGCGCAAGCGGUCAAAUCCGAAUUAGACACACUCGCGCGCCAAGACCCAUCCUUCCCUCCCGCAUCACCCUACAAGCGCAGCGUCCUCGUUAUCCUUGAUCGCAGUCUGGAUAUGGUUUCCCCCAUAGUACACGAGUUCACGUAUCAGGCAAUGAUGCAUGAUUUGCUGGUGUUGGAGGGUGGACGAUAUGUGUAUAAGCCGGAUGCCGGGGAUGUGUCAACAGAUGUGGAUGAGCCGAAGAAGGAGGUCACGGCGACUUUGGAUGAGAAUGACCCCAUCUGGAUGCUAAUCCGACAUUGGCAUUAUGCAGACGCCGUCGAUUACAUCCGUCACACGUUCAACAAAUUCCUGACGGAGAACAGGGCCGCGUCGAGCGCUAUGGGAAAAGACGGCGCGGCAGAAGCCACCGGUCUAGAUUCUCUUAAGCACAUGAAGGACACUCUGAGCUCACUGCCUCAGUUUCAGGAGAUGAAGGGGAAGUUCUCCGUUCAUAUCAAUAUCUGUCAAGAGUGUCGGGCAAUGUUUGAACGACGACAGCUGGAUCUGGUCGCAGCUGUGGAACAGGACCUCGCAACCGGCGAAACAGCCGACGGCCGCGCCAUCAAAUUCAGCAAAAUGAUGAUCGAUAUGGUCCCCGCCCUCGACAGCCCGACCGUCUCCUCCGUCGACAAGCUGCGCAUCCUCAUGCUCUACAUCAUCGCCCAAAACGGGAUUGAAGACGAGGAGCGGCGCCGUUUGCUGGGUUACGCAAAAUUAUCGCUCGAGGAGUCGCAAGUUAUCACGAAUCUGGGGUACUGGGGCGUAAGGCUCGGCAAGGAGAAGGGCGAGAAGGAUGCGAAGGGGCGGUAUGGGUAUCAUGUGCAUGGGAAGAAGAGGAAGAAGGGGACGGAGAGUGAGCAGUAUGAUUUGAGUCGGUGGCAGCCGGUGUUGAAGUCUGUGCUUGAGGACCAAGCAACAAGCCAACUCGAUCCAGUCCUCUUCCCCUGGCUCACGGAACCCGCCCCGGAAGACCCCACCACAGCACCUCCCAAAACCUCAAAAAUCACCCUGGACCACAAGGCCGCGCUCACAGCACCAGACCCGCAAUACCCGCACUCUCUACGCACAACGCGUCCAUCCUGGUCGCAAAAACGCAAACCGAAAACCGCGGGCGACUCUAAAACUACCGAACAGUCGCCACAAGCCACUGCGUCCGAUAUCCGCAAGAACGGGCCGCGGAUUAUCGUGUUUACCGUCGGCGGGGUCACGUUCUCGGAAUUGCGGACGGUGUAUUCGAUCCGCGAGGCGUUUCAGAGGGACGUGUUGAUUGGGUCGACGCACGUGUCGCCACCAUUGCAGUGGAUUGAGCUGUUGAAACAGAUGGGGAAGGUGGAUGAGAGUGGGGCUGGGAGUGCGGCGGCUGCGGGGAGUCCCGAGGCGGCGGGGACGCCUGAUGUUGGGGGCGGUAGGCAGGAUGGGACGUUGAAGAGGAGCGAGACGGAGCAGAGUGUGCAUAAGGAGAAGGGGGAGAAGGGGUUGUUGGGGAUGUUUCAUAAGAAGAAGAAGGAUAAGGGUGAAAAGGGUGAGAGCGAUAAGUAG